UGCCUCGAUUGCAAGUGCCGCCUUCUCGGCUGGCUUCUUGGCCUCCCUUUCACCUUCCUCUCCCUCGUCUCCAUUGUCAGAAUCGCCAUCUGGAUCAUAGGAUUACUAUUGUCUUGCAUUUGCCCUUGCUAUCUUUGCAUGACAAUCUUGGUUGAGCUUGCAAUUGAGCUCAUCAAAGCUCCUUUGCAUGUCAUGAAGUGGUUCAUCUCUCAGAUUCCUUGUUGA